AAACUUAUUAAAUAGAUAGAUUGACUUAGUUUUGCUCUGAAAGUGUCUUUUUUAAUUUCAUCGAUACAUCAUUCCACCAUGUCUAAACCAUCAUCGACUGGGACAUCAGAAGAGCCGACUAACAGUGGUGCUAUUGUACAGCUGCUUAUAGUGACUGCAAUCAUUGGAAUCAUCACAACCAUCUUCAACUACUUCAUGCAGAAAAAAAAAGGGAAGUCAAAACAGAAGACAGAAAGUGAGGAGGUCCUUGUUGAUGGAGAAAAUUUAAGCCUGGAUACGAAGGCUGUUAAAACUCCACCAAAGAAAUCGGCAGCCAAGAAGUCGAAAUCUGCCACUGCGGCGAAAGUGGGUGUUCUGAAGUUCUCUCAUCCCGAUCACGCAGGCACUCUGAAGGGACAUACCAGUCAGGUGACUGAUAUUAGCUUUAGUUCCAACGGCAAAUACAUGGCUUCCAUCUCGGCCGACGAUCGAAACGUCAUCUUGUGGAGUACGAAGGAAUUAGGCGCCGACGCGACUCGGAACAUGGUCCGGGGAAAAGUCGAUCUGGAUAACCCAGUGAGCGUCGACUUUUCACCCGACUGUAAAGCUCUGGCACUCGGAUUAGAACUGACUAAUAGCGUGAAGAUCAUGAAAAUAGCAAAGAAAGAAGGCACGUCAACUGUGACUUUGACGGAAGGCAUGGAGUUUCCGCAGGUCCUAGAUCUAGACAUCUUAACAUGUGCUAUAUCGCCUUCCGGAACGUACAUAAUGAUUGCGGAUAACAAGAACUCGGUUUAUAUUCUGGACUUGAAAGGAAUAGUGUUGGGUAAAAUUGACGCUAAAGUGGGAGGGGAUAUACAUCAUUGUGUAGUGUCGCCCUGUGGCCGUUUUGUGGCGUUUUGUGGAUACAAUCCUGAAAUGCCGAUUUAUGAAGUGGAGUUUUCGAGCACUAAUGUUUUCAGGGGACUGAACCGAGUGAUGAUUCUCAAAGGCCAUACAAACGCAAUUACGUACUUCGCUUUCUCCCUCGACGCAGUUUCAGCCGCGACUGUAUCACGUGACAAAACAUGGCGGGUGUCCUCGAUAGAUGUACGAUACAAAGACAAAGAGGACCCCCAAUUUAUAGCAUCAGGCGAUACUGGCUUUGACCAGGGGACAGAUUUGAAGUGUUUGUUGUCGUGCAAUGGAAAAAUGAUAGGAAUCUACUCGGAAACUGAAAUUAAACUGAAAUCAGUUGUAACAGAUGAGACGUAUGUAACUUAUUCGGAUUUCGGAACAGGUCUUGCGAUUAGGAAGUGUCUGACAGAUAACAGUUCAAAGCACUUGUUGGUUUGCAUUGGCAAAUACAUGGUGGCAAUUCAGGUGAAAUAUCAUAUCAUGUCUACUAUAGAAUGGUUGAAGCGUGAAGUUCAGAAACCCAACACAGCGUCGUUGAAAAGCAGAAUUCAACAGCAAUUGGAUGAUGAAAUCAAAAAGUUAGAAGCGUGGGAAGCCAAAGAAAACCCAGAAAAUGAAAAGUAAUGAGCGAACUAGUUAUCUUGGUUAAAUGAUGUAGAUUAUUUAUCCUGAUUGUUAUAUAUAAAUUUUUCCUUUACAAGGUUGCUGGGUUAUAUAUCCAUUAUGGAAUAAAGUUGAAGUCUC